CCACCCUGGACAACAGAUCCCUGUGAAGCCGAGAGCACCCCUAAGAGGAGACCUGCAAGUCGCCUUUGUCCGAGCCACCAAGGGUGCAUUUCUCAGCUGAGGCCACUCAUACUCCCUCUCUCCCGCAGGCUCCAAGGUCCCCAUCAGUCACCUCCUGCCCAUGCUCCUGCCGGGUGCCGGACACACAUCGUCAUGACUCUAGGUCGGAUGGGUGAGCUCUGCAAGCGUGAGGAAGACCAUCAGGACCCAAGAGAGGCCCAGGGCCUGGUGGAUGCGCAGCUGUCCGGGGCUGAGGAGGAGGAGGCCAUAUCCCCCUCCUCCUCCCCCUCUGUCCCCUUCCUGAGCACCCUGGAGGAGGUGGCUGCUGCUGUAACCCGGAGUCCUGACCAGGGCUCUCAGAGUGCCUGGCCGUCCCCGACUGCCAUGGCAGCUACUCCAUGGAGCCAGUACGGAGACAAUGGUUCCAGCAGCCAAGAUGAGGAGGGACCAAACGCAUGGGAGGACCCGGGAGACACUGACUCCUCGCUCCAAGACGCACUACGUUUGAAGGUCACUGACCUGGUGGGGUUCCUGUUGCUCAAGUAUCGCACAAAGGAGCCCACCACAAAGGCGGAGAUGCUGAAUACGGUCCUCAGAGAUUACCAGGACCACUUCCCUGUGAUCUUCAGCGAAGCCUCUGAGUGCAUGCAGCUCGUCUUUGGUGUUGAUGUGAAGGAAGUGGACCCCAGCGACCACGCCUAUGUUCUGGUCACCACACUGGGUCUCACCUACGAUGGAAUGCUGAGAGGUGAGCAGAUCAUGCCCAGGACUGGUCUCCUGGCAAUGCUCCUGGGCGUCAUCCUCCUGGAGGGCAACUGCCCCCCUGAGGAGGGCAUCUGGGAAGCACUGAGUGUCAUGGGGGUGCGUGCCGGGAGGGAGCACUUCAUCUACGGGGAGCCCAGGGAGUUGCUCACCCACGUUUGGGUGCAGGAGCAGUACGUGGAGUACCGGCAGGUGCCCAGCAGCGAUCCUGCAUGCUACAAGUUCCUGUGGCAUCCCAGGGCCCACGCUGAAACCAGCAAGAUGAAAGUCCUGGAGUAUUUGCUCAGGGUCAGUAGCAGGGAUCCCAGUCCCUUCCUCCACCUGUGUGAAGAGGCUGUGAGUGAUGAGGAAGAGGCGCCUGAGCCCGAGGGCAGCCAGGCACGGUCCAGGCCCACGUCCAGCAGCUUCUCCUGCUGGGCAUGAAGUGAGGCCACUUCUUCACUGCGUGUUUCAACAGAGAGCAGUGAGUGUCCUAAGUAGUGGAGGGGCGAGGUGGGAGGACACGGUGGAUAGCGUCUGUGGGUUCCUGUCCUCUGUGAUGUAUCCUGGAGAUGGAUCUUGGUUUCCAUUAGGAAUUUUUCAAAUGUUGUUCCUUUUAAUAGAAAGUUUAAUUUGCUUCAGUGUCUGUGAUGACAUUGAUCACAUAUGAAUUUAUACUUAUCCAGUCCAAGAGUAAGAGUUUUGCCAUUUUGUAAAAGUAAUUAGGGCACCUUCCAUCAUAGUCUGUGAUCUGAACUGGAUGACAUGGCACUGGAACAGGAAUUUCUUGGAAAUGUGAAAGAACUUAGCCGUCAAAUUGAUAAGGUGAAGAAAUAAAUGUAGAAGGUACUUAA